GCUGGGCCAAUCGACAGCUGCCUUAUACGUUCUGGCCCACCCUCCUUACCAAUGAGCGCUGACGACGGGCCUGAUUGACAAGGCGCGGCCCGGGAAGGAAACGUGUAAUCAUGUUAGGGUGAGAAGUAGUAUAGUGAGAACCAGCGCCCUGUGUAGCUUUGUAGUCCAUUGACGCCUUGUGUAGUGUGAGCCUGAUACGAACUAACAAUGGUUAGAAAAGAUCCCAAUAAACCCCGGGGCAAAAUGUCCUCUUAUGCAUACUUUGUGCAGACUUGCCGGGAGGAGCACAAAAAGAAACACCCUGAAGCCACUGUCCACUUUGCAGAGUUCUCGAAGAAAUGCUCAGAAAGGUGGAAGACCAUGUCAAUCAAAGAGAAGUCCAAGUUUGAAGACCUGGCUAAAAAUGACAAGGUCCGCUACGAUAGGGAGAUGAAGAACUAUGUCCCUCAAAAGGGGGAGAAGAAGAAGAAGAAGGAUCCAAAUGCCCCCAAGAGACCACCAUCAGCAUUUUUCCUUUUCUGCUCGGACAACCGUCCAAAGAUCAAAAGUGAAUCUCCUGGAAUGUCCAUUGGAGAUGUUGCAAAGAAGCUGGGCGAGAUGUGGUCCACAGUGCAACCCAAGGAUAAAGUACCAUAUGAGCAGAAGGCUCAUAAGUUAAAGGAGAAGUACGAAAAGGAAGUUGCAGCCUAUCGUGCCAAAUGCAAAGGUGACGCUGGUAAGAAACCUGCUGCCAAGCCAGCUCAGGCUGCAAAGAAGAAGAAGAAGGAAGAGGAGGAGGAAGAUGAGGAUGAAGAUGAAGAGGAGGAAGAUGAUGAGGAAGAAGAAGAUGAUGAGGAGGAUGACGAUUAAAUAAAUCCAGAUGUAAAAAGAUCUUUGUCUAAGCUUGAUCUAUUUUUUUUUUUGCAAAGACAGGAAAUGUGAGCUCAUUUGUAAUUUGGAUCAAUGGCUUAGGUGUAAAGAAACUGUACAAAACUGUGUAUAGUUAGUGUUGUAUUUUUACACUGCGUAGCCAGACCCUGUACUGUUUUAAUUGUAAGUAGCUGAUUUUUUUUUAAGGCACAGCCUUUCAAAAAGAGAGGGACUCCAGAGUGAUGGAAUGUUAUUGCCUAUUUAAUGUUUUGUGUGGAAAUUUCAAUGGCCAAGGUAGUGAGGAUUUUUUUUGUCAUGCAGUUCAUACCAAUUUUUUGCGGAUGGUUUUUGUAGAUCUUUUGUCACUACAUGUGAUUGCUAACUUUUCAUGUUAGAUCAUGAUAAGAAUCAAUACUUUUUUUAAUAAAACUGAAACAUUAUCUUGCA